GGCAACACUGCCAAAGCCAAUAGGGACGCUAUCACAAUCACAGACCGACGCUCGUUGUUUACGUUCUCUCACUCUCACACUCUCGCUCUCUCACUGGCCACUUCAGGAGUAGGACAUCUUCCUGACGAAUGGAGAAGUGUUUGCAAAUUGUGUAGAUACUGUUGUCUGUUUGUGUCAAAUUGUGUGUUAGUUUGUCUGUGUAUUUAGUUGUCUCCUCCAGGCAGGAGGUUUUACGAAGGGCAAACCCUACCCCCUCUCCCCGGCCCCCUUCAGGAGGAGAAGAAGAACUUCCUGACGAAGGGAGAAGUGUUUUUGCAAAUGGUGUAGAACCCGCUGUUCAUUCCCCGCCUGCCUGUUCUAUCCGCCGACGUCUCCGGGAGGAGAAGACAACCUUCGUGACGAAGAAGAAGGGCGCCACCGCCACCAUGGUCAACAAGCGGUCCACCACGAAGCAGAACGGGGAGGCGGAGGCGCCGCCCCCUCAGCCGCCGCCCCCGAAGGCCUCCAAGAAGGACGACGACGACGUCGGGACUGAGGGCGACGAGACCACUGACGACGAAGGAGGCGUCGACACGCCGCCGCCGACGGAGACGCAGGCGGAGGACGAGAAGCCCGAGGCCGUCGACGAGGAGGGCAAUUACGAGGUCGAACAGAUUGUUGACAUGGAAACCAGAAAGAAAUGGAAGUGCCCUGUGAAGUUCAGAGUUCGCUGGGUCGGCUAUGGAGAGAAAGACGACUCGUGGUUACCUGCUUCUGACCUCAACUGUGAUGAUCUUAUCAACGAGUUUCUUGAGAUAUCUGGUCGUACCUCAGAGUACAAGAAAGCAAUGACUCCUGCAAAGUCCAGAGCACGUCCUUAUGUGAAUGGCGAACGCACAAUCGAAACUCGCAAACCCAAGGGCAUUUCGUACAGUGAGCUGGAUGAGGAUGAAGAAGAGGUUAUGCCUAGUGGCACGAGAACGCGAAAGCCUAAAGGGAUUACUGAAAAGAAAAUUGCAACAAGUCCAAAGAAGAAGAAGAAGACUGGUUCUGGUCCUCAAAAAGAAUAUGAGGUUGAAGCUGUUGUAGAUCAUCGUGUCCGAGGCCGUUUCACAGAGUAUAAAGUCCGGUGGAAAGGGUACGGCCCUAUGGAUGAUUCUUGGGUGUCUGAAGCAGAAUUGAACUGUGACUCCCUUCUGAACAAAUACUUCAAGUCUGCUGGGACUGGAGCACAGCAGGAGGAGGAGUCUUAUGAGGUUGAAGCUAUCAUGAGCCUGAGAGAAGUGGAGGGCCGCACUGAAUACAAGGUCCGCUGGAAAGGUUGGAGUGCAAAAUACGACUCCUGGCUGCCUGAAGAUGAACUGAAUUGUCCUGAUCUCUUGAAAAAGUUCCUUACUACCCUCGAAAAAUUGGAGAAGCAAGAAGAUUGGCAGGUGGAAAGUAUAUUGGAUACCCGACAAAGGAAAGGAAAGGUUGAAUAUUUGAUCUCCUGGAAAGAUUGGGGUCCUAAAUACAACUCAUGGGAACCAGAAGAAAAUCUAGAAGGUUGCAAGGAUAUCUUAGAUCAGUUCCAUAAACAACAGGACAAAGAAAAGGAAAAGUUGCUGAAGGCCGGUCGGAAAAUGAGGGAAGACAGACCAGCAACUCAAAGGUUUGCCGACAACUACUCGGAGGGAAGCCGACCUCGAUCUCGCCGUAGCUCCGGAAAGAAAAGGUCUUACUCGGAAUUUUAUGAUCAGUGAUGCAAAGUCGUGCAUUGUUAGUGGUGUUUGUGGCGUUGGCGUGAGGUGUAGCAAAAUUGUUAUUGAAUUUUUUUAUUCUUAAUUCAAGACUACUGCCAUUUAUGAGUAGUGUUAUAGUUUAUUGGUACAAUAACUUGUUUGUAUGACUCAAGCACCAAGGAAUUUGGAGCAGUCAUUAUUUUCUGUUCAAUUCUUUUCCUAAAGGACUGCGUAAGAUUUGUACUCUGAACUCAAAGCUCACACAGCUCAUAUAUGUCGUCUGAAACUUCUCAAGCCGAGUGAAAAUAAAAUCCACCUGAAACAAAGUGAAAGAUAUAAAGGAAAAAUGUUUCAUUUUCAAUGGUGGAUAUUAUGCAAAUAACUCAAGCUUGUCAAUUCCUAAGCACUGUAUCAGAUGUCAGUCUAUUGCAGAGUAUUUUCUCCAGAUGAGAAAAGUUUCUUUAUAUUUUUAUGAGGUGAUGUUAGUAUGUAACCUAAGACAUUUUUUUUUCAAGAACGCUAUUUUUUUUGUAGAGCAUAAUUUUAACAUGUAGGUGUAAGUAGUAUAUACUUAAAGAGCCCAAGAAGAUUUGUAUCAUUGUUAUGUUGUUUUACAGUAUUUAUAUGCUAGCGGAAGCAAAGAAAUGCACCUUGGAGCUUUUGAUUAUUAUUUUUUCUAGGGAAAAAAUUAGAUUUCGUUUGAUCAUAUUUAACAAAAUUUUUAGAUGUUUUGAGCAUUCGAAUUUUGGAUGCAAGGAUUUAAGAAUACUCAAGACUAAACUAUGUAUGUUUUUUUUUUACGUUCAAGUGCAAUUUUUUAUUUUUUAUAUCUAAAAACUGUGAUUUAUUUUCUCAUUUAAAGUACAUUUUAGCUGCAAUACUUCCUUGUAAAUGAUUAAUUUUUGUUUUGUAUUUUGUCACAUAAUAGGUAUAUUGAUAUAUUUUAGUUCAUAUGGAAGUACAAACCAACACCUUUGACGUGGGAGCAUUCCUUGGUGCACACUGGAAAUUGUCGUUGGAGCUUGGUAAGAAGAUUGUUGGUAGCUUGAUGAGGCAGCUUUUGUUCUUCUAAGUAUUUCUGUAGUGAGAGGAUAGGCACAUCUCAUUCUAGCUUGGGGGCGGGGGGGACUAUCAAUCUUCCAUUUGUAUGCCAGAUUGUAAAGGAGGUGGCAGGAGUCAUCAGUCCUCCACUCCUUAUCAUGACUGGGAACAUAGCAGUUCUGGUUGGAAGUUCAACUUGUCAGUCAUUUUUGAGUCUGUCCUCCCAUGUAAGGAGUGACUCUCUUAUUUAAAAGGUGGAGGUUUGUACUUGAUACAAAUAGCAAAUUAUUAAGGUAAUUUGUGUUUUCCUUGAGUUUUCAAACCAGAAUAAUUUGUCACAUCCCAUCUUGUUACCAAGUGUCAGUGACUGUUUCCAGCUUGCACUGAGGGAUACUCGUACACAAAAGGCUAUGGUCUGUAUACCUAGAGAAGAUACAAAGUUUUUUUUUUUUAAAGAAAUUUGUUACUUUAUAAGUGUUUCUUUGUUGUAUUUUACUAAUAUAUGUCAUGGGUGGACAAAGUGUUAUUGCCAUAAGUGUUGGUAAUAAUUAGUUGUACAAAAUUUGAUAAACGUUUUACUACUUCAUUGCAAUCUAGAACUUCAGCUAAUGGGGGCAAGCUCUUCCAUUGUGAAUUCUUACAGUGAACUUAGUCACAUAACAUAGUUGUAAGUCAUUAAACAUAGAUUAUAUGAUUCAUGACCUCAUGAAUUUAAGUAAAGUUUUAUUUACCUUUGCCAUUUA